AUGACAAAAGAAACCGUGUCAAGUAAUCCAAUUAACAAAGAAGCAACGAUAACGAAUCACGAGGAACUUCACAAUGGUUUAGGUAGCGAAGAGGUUAGAAUAAAUAAUCAUAUGGCAAGGACUAACACAAGAUGGCAAAAUCAAAAUCAUUCAUCAAAUAGAAACCAUGAUUUCUAUCCUGGUCAAUUAUACGGUACAGAAUCUGGUAAAUUAUUCCAUGCUGGGAAGAUUAUGAUUGUUUUAGUCGGAUUACCAGCAACGUCUAAAACCUUAUUGGCCCAUUCUUUAGAGAGAUAUUGUAAAUGGUUAGGUGUUGUUUCUAGAGUGUUCAAUUUAGCAGACUAUAGAAGGAAAUUUAAAGAUGUACCUAAAGAAUAUUUUUUCGGUGGAGAAACUUCUACAAAGGCGAUUGAAGUGAGGAAGCAAAUAAGGAAAGUUUCCAUAAAUGAUAUGAAAAAAUUCUUUCAAGAGGAAAACGGCCAAUUGGCCAUUUUUGAUGCAAUGAAUACGCAAAAAAUGGAAAGGAGAUGUAUUCAAGAAAAUUUCCAAUGCUUAAACGUCAAUGUUUUAUUUGUGGAAUCUAUAAUGACAGACAAAGAUUUAACAGAGCGAAAUAUAAAAUUAGUAAUGGAAACUAUUAAAGAAGGGAAUGAUGAAUUUGAUAAGAAAAUUAGAUAUUCCUUGUUAAAUAAAAUGUUGACAUCAAAACCUUCUUAUGAGGAAAUCGAAGAUUCGGAAAAAUUAAGCUAUGUCAAAUUUAAUAAUUUUGGGAAACAAAUAGUAGUGAAAAAUAAUCAUCAAGGGUAUCUAUUGAAUAAAUUAGUGUUUUUCCUGAUGAAUUUAAGAAGUGGGAAAGGACGUAUUUUUUUUUGCAGUUCAAAUUCAAUCCAUCAAGAAGAUAUUUCAAAUUGUUUGAAAUCAAUAUAUAACAGAGUUAUUGAACAAAUCAAAAAGGAAGACAUUGUAAGAAGAAAUUUCUCUCCCUCACUGCAAGAAGAUGACAGGCCGAAUUCACCGAUUUUAACAAUUUGGUGUGAACAUAAAUUUCAAUUGGAAGAAGAUUCCGAUAUUGAAUUAAUUAAUAAGAGUCAAUUGAGACGAAUGAAUCUUGGAGCAAUAGAGGGAUUGUCCGAGGAAGAAAUUGAAAAACAAUAUCCAAAGGAAUAUAAAGAAAGUUUUGAAGAUUUAUAUCAUUACAGGUAUCCUCGAGCAGAAUCUUACCACGAUCUUGCAAUUAGAUUGGAAGGGUUAUUACUAGAAUUAGAACAUCAGCAAUCAGACCUUUUAAUUUUUGCUGAUGAAAGUGUUUUAAGGAUUUUAUAUGGUUAUUUUAUGUCGUCGAGUUGCAUUGAAGUCCCUCUCCUAAAUUUCGGUAAGGGUGAAAUUGUUGAAUUAUCUUUAAAGACAUUCAGUAAAGAGAUAAAGAAAUUAUAA